GUCAUUCAUAUAUUUCAUCUCUGCACUUUGGUCUGCAAUAUCUUCCCACGCAAGAGUUGAUAAGUUUGCUUUUCAUUUACGACCAUAGUGUUCGCAGUUCAUAGAGGGAGGCUUGAGUUCACACGCUGUAUCACUAACAAUGCUUGUGGUUGUAGCAACCGUGCUUCUCUUGGCUACUGAAACACACUCAACAGUCUGUCAAAGUGCAGAAAAGAACCUUAGACAAGCUAAAGGUGAAAUAAGCAGCCCAACUCCGAAUCAAUCCGGAAUUUGUUCUUGGAAAGUUAGGGUCCCUGAAGAUUCGCAGAUAGUUUUCUACUUUAAAUUCUACGAGAUUGAGAGUUGCAGCGAUGGCAGUUACCCGUUGUCUGACAAUUGCGCUGGCUGCACUCGUAUAGAACUGAGGAACAGCUCUCAUAAACCACCAUGGCACACAUUUUGUGGUUACAAGCCAAUCCCACCCGAACCUUUGUCUAUCGGCACAAGCACCUUCUUCGUGAAUUUCAAGUUGAAAGCUGGUGACACCAAGAGCUGGUUCGCUGCUGAAUACGAAACUUGGCCAUCUCAUAGAAGGAUCGACCUGGUGACAACAUCCACCGCAGAGAUAUCAAGUCCACUAUUUCCAGGCAAAUAUCCGAAGAAUUCGCGUUUUCGGUGGUUAGUGGUUUCUCCCUCAGGAUAUCGCGUGAAAAUUAAAUUCUCCAAGUUUGACUUGAACUAUUGUUCCGAAUGUCGGUGUGAUUUCCUGGAAGUGCGAGAUGGAACUACCCCUGAAAGUCAGUUAUUAGGAAAAUACUGCUCAAAUCCUGGCACCUUAUACACCUCCGGAAAUAGUGUUUCGAUUGAGUUUGUAGCAUCAAUGGAAAGCAGCUGUUCCAACGGGUUCAAAGCAACAGUUUCAAGGGAGAUCAAACUUUAUGUGGUUGUGGUACCGUGCAUUCUUGGAAUCUUUUUGUUGAGCCUCGUGGUAGCUAUUCUUGUAGUUAAGUGGCGCCGUCGCCGUCUCUCCCCAUCGGGAAAUGGAGCUCCUGUUGUACAGAUGUCCCUACUCAAUGAAGAUGACAAUUUAAGUGCUGCUCAGUUGUCUGAUGCUGGACCACACAUUGAAGCCAGCUUGCCGGUGUAUCGUCCAACAACACAGAAAAUAAGGAGAUGACGAACCGCCUCAACUGAACAAGUAGUGAAGGAACACUGUUGUGUGAUAUGGUUUUAGUUGUGGUCUUUAUAUUUUCAGUAGUUGUACAAUUUUUAGUUGGUCUGAUAGCAUUUUUCUAUAAAUGUGAUCAUGAAGUGAGGCGUUCAAGUGGUGAAAAGAAAUGGAAACUGAAACGUAGUAGUUUCUGCAGUAGUUUCUGAAUUUGUCACAUCUUUUCUCUUCAUCAUUAGCAAUUUAUAGGCGUUGGAACCUGGAGAGAGGGAGAUAUAUUUACAAGUCGUGAUUGAAAAUUUCAAUUCUAAAAGUUUUUAAGGCCGGGUUCUCCUCAAGGAUCAGACAAAUAUUAGUUCACCUUACUGCAACUAUUUACAAUAGUUAUCAUUCUCAUCGUAAUCAAAGUUUUAUUUUGAAUAAGAAAACUGAGGUGUGGCUUUCUACACCUAGACAGAAAUAUAAGAAGAUUUAGAUUAGACAUGCGUUAAUAUUACCAAAUGAGAAUGUUAGGAAGAGAUUUAACGCGGAAGACUACCAGAGUUGGAUCAAUUAUAAACUUUUUUAUGUCCGUAACUGCCCAACUCCGGAAUGCAAUUAUCCUUAAACGUUCUAUCAAAGAUAGCAUUAAAAAUGCCGGUAGUGACAAUCAUUGUAAUUUUGUAGAGGAUUAUUUCUUAAUUUCUCGUUGGGAGUGUUCGCUGAUUGAGGCCAAACCAUGUUCAGAAGGUGAUGGUUAGAGUUCCAACAAUUCGUAACUGUAACUUUAACUUUGAAAACUUUUGAAUAUUGUUUUCUCUUUUUUAUAACAAAAUUUGCCUUCAACUUUAUUUUUGUUCUUUGUCACAAAAUCUUUUAAUAGUGAGAGAGAGUUCAGAUCUGAGUUGAUUUUUAUCAACUGAUUCUUAACUCGGAAAAUUUUGUCCGAUGUCUUGAAUUGACCAGUGUUAUAUAAGUGUUAUAUUGUGAUAACUAUGCUAAUAAUGAAAAAAUUACAAUCUUAGUAAUGAUAAGUCAUGAUAAGUUAUGAUAAUGAUAGUAAUGAUAACUACUUAGUCGUUUCAAGUCCUGUAUCACAGACAAAUCAAUUAUGGUUAGAAUCUCAAAUGUAGGCUACAAUGAACAAGCACACUAUGCGCUGCGCAUCCCAAACUCAUACCCAGUGACAGUGUUAUGAUAAUUUUUUGCGGCGGACAUGACAUGCCAUGACAUGACAUGACAUUUUUGCGGCGGACAAGACAGUUCAAAAGACUGCAUGGUCAAUGUGGACAGAACACUUAAAUUUUAGGAAGUAUUUCAAAGACUUAAUAAGUGUAAAAGAAAUGGUCUCGGUUAAAAUAUAAAGUAUAGGCCAAGAAAACAGGCUGAUGAAUUGACUAGUUUAAAUGUCUAUCGAGCGACGAAGAAAACAGACGAACCGAUCCAAAAAAUAAGAGAAUGAAAUUUGAGUAUCCUGUAGUUUGAAGAACAAUUUUAAGCUUGUUCACCAUUCCCACUGGCUUAAAAGUCAUAUAUUUCUUAGUAGUUAGGAGUACAAAGAUUGAAGCCAAUGGAUAUGGCUAUGUUUACACGAGUAAAAUAAUUACAAUGUUUUUGCGUUUCUCGCAAAGAAAUGACACUAAAAUUUUUAUUUCAAAUUUUUUUUUUUAUUAAUUAUCAUUUUGUACCCUCGCAUUUUUGUUCCGUCGCAAAGGAAAUUUUUCUCGGCCUAAAGCAAGAAAAGACUGUUUGUCAAGAAAUAUUGAAGGUAAACUGUAAUUUCCUUUUAGGUGACUUUGUACUGUUGUUUUUCUUUUUUUAUUUUAGUAUAUAUUUCGAAUGUAAUCAUGUAACGAAUGUAGCAAAGGUCUUAUUUCUUGAAAAAUAAUGAUAAUUAUAACGUCUGUAGUGCUGUGGUUCUCCUGAGUCACAAACGUAACAAAAUGCAGGAUAAUUUGGUUUUAUAAACUGCGUCGAUAAUAUAAAUAUAUAUUUUAUACAUAAAUUGGCCACCGUAAAGAGUUUCUACAGCUGGCUUCGUUUCGCUCUGACGGAGGGCCAGCACCCGAAACACCAGCUUUACAGUAGCUCAUUAACUUAGUUAAUAAAACCACAUUAUCUCCUUAUUAUCACA